AUGCCCUCCUUUUUAUCCAAAGUUUUGAGACGUAAACGCGAUGACAGGGAAGGGUCCUCAGCCUCAAAGCGGUCAGAACCCGAAGCUAAAGGCGCCAGGCGAGAAGACGAUUCACCAAGCACCCCAAACUUCCCGGACGACAAUGGACAACAGAGAGGCAGGGGGCGAGAGGCGACCAAGGACAAGGAUCGUGCGUUGAGGACCUUUUUCAGGUCUAAAUCGCGCGCUCCCUCGCCGUCAGAGCGCAAGAGAAAGUCGGAAGACGCACCAGUGUCUUUCCUAUCGCUGGAUCUCCUGAACGACGCUGGCUCCGAGCCAACAGCGGUCUUGGAUGAUUCUGCUGUUCUCUUGUCCAACAAGGCUCUCGGUGACCGCAAGUUGACACCAGUCGAGGCAGCGGGGCUCGUACGGACAUGCUCGCAAGCCAUAACUCUUCGAGGAGUCGACACCCUCGGGAUUAUGCACCCUCAUUGGUAUUCGGCUUCCCAAGACAUCCAACGGAGAUUAAUCUCCCUUUUCAUUCAUUCAUUAUCCACGCAGACACCAUCUUCAGUCCCUUCAUUUGAAUCCGAAAUUUCCACCACCCAUUCUCCCCACGACGUUGCCGCUGUCCUCCGUUGGGGAUUGCGCCACCUUCAGCUAGAAGGUGGCAGCUUCGGAAAGGAGAAGGAGUGGUACAACACUUUCUUCGACUCGGAACGCAAUGCCGAAUAUCCUCCCAAGGCAUUCUCAGAGAAAUUGGCACCCCUCGUACCAGCCUCGAAUUAUGAUCUCCUGAAGGAAGUCUUCGAAAUAUUCUCAUCCCUUGCCUCGCACGCCGAGACCAAUAGCACAUCAGGGGGAAAACUAUCCAAGAUGUUUGGUCUUUGGCUGUUGUCCACGAACCGCGUUGAACCCAAGGACGACUGGAAAUCCUUCUAUGAACGCUGGGAGCAUUCUGGGCGCCAGCUGGAACACUUGUUCCUUGCCAGCAUUCGUGACCAAGCAGCAGAACAACGAAUUCCCAUUCGCUUGCUCGAGCUUGUUCACCGAUAUCCGUACACCACAAAUCAUUCUCCCACCACCGAUGUUCGACUACUGUCUCGACCGCAGUUUACGACACAGGUGUAUGAUGCACUUUUUGUACGCGUUGAAACCGAACUUCCGACAGAGAUCGACCGUCCCAAAUCCAAGCUCCAACCUCUGCGCAUCGUCGCUGAGGCCUUAUCAUGUACGGCAGAAGAAGGUGACCACGCUGCAUUGUGGUCAAAGAUUGUGGUGGCUUCCAAAGCUGAAGGCAGUGGAUCACCGCUAACUCGCAUUUUCACUGACGAUACCAUCCGAAUCCUCACUCUUGCGGGAGAUGAAGCAGCGGAGGACAAAGCAAAGCAAUCCCCCGCUCAUUCACUGCUCGCUCUUCCCUCUUCCGGCGGCAGGCGCCCUUCUUUCUCUCUCAGCGAGUUCACCACUGACGGCAAUCGCACCACUGCUGCCCAAAGCGCGGCUACAGAGACAAGUCCUCUCACCGCUGACUGGAGCGUGUUUUCAAGCGCCGGAUUCAGCAGUUCCUCCACCCCUCUUACCCCUCUCGCGAACACUCUUUUCAACACCGAUGACGCCCUUAAAUCAUCUACAUCCGGUAAACCUUCCUCCCCGAACGGAUCCCGGGUCGAGCUUCGAAAGGAGCCCAGCGGAUCGAGCUUGAAGGACGAGCUGAAGCUCGAGUCCAAGAUUGCCGGUAUCCAAAUCGUGCAACUCGACGAGGCAUUUGUUGAUUUCUGGAGCGAUGCGCUUCUCGACCCCGUCUCAGCGAGCUGGCCAUCUUUCGUGGUCUGCAAGCUGCGACCUGCGUUGACUUCCCAACUUCCUUACGGAGAGGAGGGCGACAAGAACCUCAAAUGGCUCGUCUUGGAACAAGCAUUCGCUGUAAAGCCUCCACCACCACCUCCUAUUCCUGAGGCCACAACGCUUGCCGAACGUUCCAGUUCUCCAGCACCCUCCUCCAUCACCAAGAAGCGCUUCGCAUUCUGGUCCUCACGCUCCAACUCGCUGUUGUCGACCAAGAGCAGGAAAGAAGGCAAGGAUAAGAACUUCGGGGGUCCUGUAGGGGAAAUGGGCGAGGUCUUGGAAGAGGGCAGUCAAGGCCAACCUCUGUCCAGAGCGUCUACCUCGAACACGGCUAGGGGCAAGAAGCGCGAAAGCUUCAUUAAGGUUAGGGUGCCUUCCCCUAAGCCGCGCAAGUCUGCUGACACUGCUCCCAAAUCCGUCGACACUACUCCCCCGACUGACGCCGACAAGAAGGAUGACAACAAAGAGGAUAAAGUAGCUGCAGUCACUGCUGCUGCUGCUGUCGCGGGUGCCGGUGCCGUCGCCGUCGCUACUCAGCGUGAAGGUGAGGCCAAGGAGGACGCCAUCGUCUCUAAUGUAGAGUUGAAGGAGGAACCUCUUCCCGUUCCGACCGAAGCGCAAGUCACCACCGCUGAUGUUUUAGGGGCUCAAGCGGGGGCCCCUGCGACUCAGCAUGAACCUGAAGCGACUCAUGCUUCCAAAGUGGUGGAGGAGACUAUCAUCAAAGAAGCCGAGCCUUCAGAGCCUGUUGCCAUCGACGAAGCUAAGGACGACGCCCCCGCCGACAACACUCCUGAUGCAGAGGUACCCGUCCCUGGACCUGCUGUCGAGGAAAUUGAACUCCGAGCACCUGUUUCGACCGAAGAUCAACCCGCGGAGCCAGAGCCUGUUCCUACCCGAGAGGAAGAAACGCCCGCUGUCGCCACGACUUCAGCUCCUGAAGAUCCAGCCACUUUAAACACUCCAGCCGAGGAAUCAGCUGUCGCGGAGCCCACGCCGGUUGUUCAAGUUGAGACCGCCGCUCCCGUGACACAAGACAACGUCGAGAUUGUGCACGAGAUAAUUGAGGUCGACAAAGUGGUCACUCCCCCCGAGAUCAUUGAGGCUGUUCAAGCAUCCGCGGUGAACUCGCCAAAGAGUGAAACGCUUGACCUUGCCCCGGCCAAUCACCAAGAAGGCGCCGAUUCAACUCCACUCCCGGAACUUGCUCCUGAACCAGUCAGUGAAGAGCAGGAGGAACCGACUGCCGCAGAUGCUAUUGCCAACGCCGACAGGGCAGAGGAGCACACUCCUGCCGGUACUACCGACCAAGAAACCGAACAACGCGGUGUUGAAGACGUUUCCGACACUUCUGCCAUCGCUGAGAAGUGA